GCGUCUCAGUAGAGAGGAAGAGACGGCCGUGUGUGUCACACCAUGGGCUCCAUGGGGAUGCAGGUGUUGGGCAUCGCCUUGUCGGUCCUGGGCUGGUUGGGGGCCAUCCUCUGCUGUGGCCUCCCCAUGUGGCGGGUCACGGCCUUCAUCGGCAGCAACAUCGUGGUGGCUCAGAUCAUCUGGGAUGGGCUGUGGAUGAACUGCGUGGUCCAGAGCACCGGGCAGAUGCAGUGCAAGGUCUACGAUUCCAUGCUGGCCAUGCCUCAAGACAUGCAGGCCGCACGGGCCUUGGUGGUCAUCUCCAUCCUGCUGGCGGUGGUGGGCCUGGGCUUCUCGGUCUUGGGUGGCAAGUGCACCAACUGCGUGGAGGACGAGGCCACCAAAGCUAAGAUCGUCAUCGCGGCCGGCGUGGUCUUCCUCAUCUCCGGGGUCCUGCUCCUCAUCCCCUUGUGCUGGACGGCCAACAACGUCAUCCGGGACUUUUACAACCCCAUGGUGGUGGAGAGCCAGAAGCGGGAGUUUGGGGCCUCGCUCUACAUCGGCUGGGCCUCCGUUGGGCUCCUCUUCAUCGGAGGGGCGCUCCUCUGCUGCAACUGCCCUCCCAGGAAUGAGAAGCCCUACUCCGCCAAGUACACCGCCACCCGCUCCAUGCCCGCCAGCAACUACGUCUAAUGAGGCCGCCGAGACACCACCCGAGCCCUACCAACACAGGCACAUCCAGCCUUGUCUUAAAGACCUCCAGGGAAGGACAUUUCAAUGGGCUCUAAGGCAAUUUAUAUUCCGUUAGAGUUGGAACGGACUCCCACAGGUCAUCCAGUCUGACCAUGGAUUGGAAGACACCAUCCAAGCCCUUUUGACAGGACAUCUACGAAAUGAGACUCCACUAGACUCCAAGGUAAUCUAUCCACUGGAUUGGAAGACACCAUCCAAGCCCUUCAGACAGAUGGACAUCUACAAAACGAGACUCCACUGGACUCCAAAGCAAUCUAAGGAGAAUCGAAGGCACUCAUAUCCCACUACAGUUGGAAGGGGCCUCCACAUGUCACCCAGUCCAACCAUGGAUUGGAAGACACCAUCCAAGCCCUUUUGACAGGAUAUCUACAAAAGGAGACUCCACCAGACUCCAAGGUAAUCUACCCACUGGACUCCAAAGCAAUUUAAGGCGAAUCCAAGGCACUCUAUAUCCCACUAGAGUUGGAAGGGACCUCCACAGGUCACCCAAUCCAACCAUAGAUUGGAGGACACCAUCCAAGCCCUUCAGACAGAUGGACAUCUACAAAAGGAGACUCUACUGGACUCCAAGGAGACUCCAAGGCAAUCUAAGGAGAAUCCAAGGCACUCUAUAUCCAAACUCUAUACCCCAAAGGCCAUCCAGUCUAACCAUGGAUUGGAAGACACCAUCUAAGCCCUUCAGACAGAUGCACAUCUACAAAACGAGACUCCACUAGACUCCAAAGCAAUCUAAGGAGAAUCCAAGGCACUCUAUAUCCCACUAGAGUUGGAAGGGACCACCAGAGGUCACCCAGUCCAACCAUGGAUUGGAAGACACCAUCCAAGCCCUUUUGACAGGACAUCUACAAAAUGAGACUCCACCAGACUCCAAGGUAAUCUAUCCACUGGACUCCAAAGCAAUUUAAGGCAAAUCCAAGGCACUCUAUAUCCCACUAGAGUUGGAAGGGACCUCCACAGGUCACACAGUCUAACCAUGGAUUGGAAGACACCAUCCAAGCCCUUCAGACAGAUGGACAUCUACAAAACGAGACUCCACUGGACUCCAAAGCAAUCUAAGGAGAAUCCAAGGCACUCUAUAUCCCAACUGUAUACCCCAAAGCCCAUCCAGUCCAACCAUGGAUUGGAGGACACCAUCUAAGCCUUCAGACAGAUGGACAUCUACAAAAGGAGACUCCACCAGACUCCAAGGAGACUCCAAGGCAAUCUAAGGAGAAUCCAAGGCACUCUAUAUCCCAACUCUAUACCCCAAAGGCCAUCCAGUCCAACCAUAGAUUGGAGGACACCAUCUAAGCCUUCAGACAGAUGGACAUCUACAAAAGGAGACUCCACCAGACUCCAAGGAGACUCCAAGGCAAUCUAAGGAGAAUCCAAGGGAACUCCAAGACACUCUAUAUCCCACUAGAGUUGGAAGAAACUCCCAAAGGCCAUCCAGUCCAACCAUUGAUUGGAAGACACCAUCUAAGCCCUUCAGACAGAUGGACAUCUACAAAAGGAGACUCCACUGGACUCUAAAGCAAUCUAAGGAGAAUCCAAGGCACUCCAUAUCCCACUAGAGUUGGAAGGGACCCCCAAAGGCCAUCCAGUCCAACCAUGGAUUGGAGGACACCAUCCAAGCCCUUCAGAUAUCUACAAAAGGAGACUCUACCAUUCUCUAAGGCAAUCUAAGGAGAAUCCAAGGGAACUCCAAGGCACUCUAUAUCCCACUAAUGUUCGGAAGGACCCCCAAAGACCAUCCAGUCCAACCCUGGAUUGGAAGACACCAUCCAAGCACUCCCGACAGAUGACCAUCCAACCUCUACUUAAAGACCUCCAGCGAAGGCGACUCCACCAACCUCUAACCACAGAACUACUCUUCGUCUUUGAUGUUGCUUGUUGCCGUAUUGGAGAAAGUAACUUUCUUUCUGUUUGCAGUGUUACACAUUGUUACUUGUUCCUAUGUUGGGGGGGGUGGAGGGGGGAGUAACUUGUUAUAUUCUUUAUGCGACACAUUGUUACUUGAAGAAAGUAACUAGUUACGCCUGCAACGUAACACAUUUUGGUUUGUUUACAAAGUUGGAGGAAGCCGCUUGUUAUGUUUGCAGUGUAACAUUUUGCUAUUGCUUGGAGGAAGUUAUUUAAUGAUGGUUUGAAACCGGUGUGGAUUUUCAGGUCUGGCAACAAAAAAGAGAAACUUUAUAGUGGCAAAUUGCUGGGUUUGGAUGUCUUCCUCCUUUAUGCAACCCCAGAUGGGCAAAAUUACACUUUUUCUUCAGACUACAGAUCCCAGAAUCCCCUGCUGGCCUGAGAGUUGCAGUCUGGGGCCAAAAAUCCCUUUGCCCAGCUCUGUUUUAAUCUGAAUGGGAUUAGGGUUAUUGUGUAUGUAUAUCUGUGCAGUUCCUUUGCUAUUCUGUUGGAGCCUCGGACACCUAUUUUUCAGCCAGUUUUUCCAGGUUGUUGUUUUUAUAUAUAAAAAAUAAAUGCAUCUAUAAAACCGUA